AUGUCAAUUUGGUUCAUCACCGGCGCAUCCUCCGGAUUCGGGCUCGACUUGGCACUCCUCGCCCUAGAGUCCGGCCACAAAGUCAUCGGGACGGUGCGGAACGCAAGCAGGGCAUCGGCCGCUGUAUCCGCGAUCAAGGCCAAGGGCGGCGAAAUCGUCGAAUUGGAUGUCACAAAGGCUGAGAGUAUUCCUGGUGUCGUGGAGCAGGCGAAUGCAAUCUAUGGCGGGAUUGACAUUCUAGUUAAUAAUGCGGGAUAUUCACUUCUUGGGGCUGUUGAGGAUAUGAAAGAAGAAGAAGUAAAACUGCAAAUGGAGACGAAUUUCUUCGGCCCCUUCCGACUAAUCAAAGCGUUUCUACCGACCCUUCGGUCCCGAGGAAAUACUACCAUCGUCAAUAUCAGCAGUAUAGCCGGACAGGAUGCGCAGCCAACAUGCGGUCUCUAUGCAGCAUCCAAAUUCGCGCUGGAGGGGUUAUCCGAGGCUCUAUCUCGUGAGGUUGCCGCGUUCAAUAUCUCCGUAUUGGUCGUCGAACCGGGCGCGUUCCGGACGAAUUUCCUUUCCGCGGCGCAGGCUACCGAGACGCCGCUUUCGGAGCCGUAUAAGGGGGGGAUUGUUGAGACUGUGUUGGGCAAGUUUGAAGCUGCGCAGGGGAAGCAACGGGGUGAUCCGGCCAAGGCAGUUAGGCGGGUGUUUGAGGUUGUGACGGGGACGGGGGAGGCUGGGGGGUUGAAGGGGAAGAUAUUGAGAUUACCCCUGGGACCGGACUGCGUUGAGCGGAUUGAGGCGAAGAUGGGCAGGCUACAGAGUGAUUUGGACACGACGAGGGAGGUUGCUCUGGGGACGGACUUGAGUUGA